AUGAAGUGUCACAUCGUGGGACUGUUACUGUUGGUGGUGGCGGCCGCCGGCGCAGUGUCCUACUGUCCGGCCCGGUGCGUCUGUGACGACGAGAAGCUGCACGUGACGUGUGGUGAAGGCGAGCUCGAUGUCCUGCCGAUCGCGUUGAACCCCUCGAUCGGUCGGCUGGUGAUUAAGUUUAAUCGAAUCAAAUCGAUCGACUCGUCGAUCCAGUUCUACACCGAGCUAACGAUGCUGGAUCUCAGCUACAACCAUCUGCUCAGCAUCCCGGAGCGGAUCUUUAUGUACCAGAAGAAGCUGCUGCAGCUGCACCUGAACAACAACAAGCUCGGCACGAUCACGAACAAAACGUUCGCCGGGGGGCUGGAUGAGCUGCGGGUGCUGAAUUUGCGCGGGAACUUCAUCGACGCGAUCGGGGUGGAGAUGUUCAAGGCACUGCCCCGGCUGGAGGAGCUUAAUCUGGGGCAGAACCGGAUCGCAACGUUGCACGCGAGCGCCUUCGAGGGACUCGGCAACCUGCGGGUCCUUUAUCUGGACGACAACUCGAUCAGCACGAUCCCGACGUUGUCGCUGACACCGCUCAAGGGACUGGCCGAGCUGUUCCUAGGCACGAACGCUCUGUUCAAGGUGCUGCCGGGUGCGUUUGAGGGGUUGACGCAACUGCGCCGCCUGGACAUCCACGGAUCGAUGCUGGUGAACGUGACGGCCGAUACGUUCCGCGGGCUGGAGAACAUCCGCUCGCUGGACAUCUCCGACAACCACCUGCUGAAGGUGCCGACCGUGCCGUUGAGUGCGUUGAAGCGUCUGGAGGAUCUGACGAUCGGUCAGAACGACUUCGAGGUUAUCCCCGAGGGUGCGUUCUUCGGGCUGCCCAACCUGAAGUCGAUCGACAUCUCCGGUGCGCUCAACCUGCGCCAGAUCCAGUCCGGGGCGUUCUCGUCCAACCCGAACCUGGAGUCGAUCACGAUCGCCUCGAACAAGGAACUGCACGCGCUGGACGAAGGCGCCUUCGCCGGGUUGCCCCACAUCCGGAAGGUGUCCUUGCGGGACAACAAGAUCGGCACGUUCCACGAGGAGCUGCUUCCAUGGAAGCAUCUGGCGGAGUUCGAUCUGACGGAGAACCCGCUCGUGUGCGAUUGUGGCGUGCUGUGGUUGAGGAACUUGCUGCAGCGCCAGACUCGUCAGGAUGCGCCGGAUGACGGGGUGCAGAUUGUGUGCGGUGGCCCGGAUCGGCUUCACGGGGAGCUGCUGCGUGAUCUGACGGCCGAUCUACUCGGUUGCCAGCACCUUCAGUCGAAGGAGCGGGCUAUCUUCGGGGCCAUCAUCGUAGCGUCGGCUGCCAGCGUGACGACCCUGGUGUUGAUCGUGUACCGACUACGGCAUCGCAUCCUGGACACUCUCCGGCGAACGGGCUGGGGUGGCAGUAACAAGCGGGCUACGCUGCAGGAGGAGAAGGACGUCGAGGUUCAGAAGUCCCUGGGCGAGGUGGAGUAUCAUCAGCCGCACUGCAACAUCUACACGUACAACUACCACCCGGCGUACAGGAACUACCAGCAUCCGUUCGGGGGUCAAUACACGUUGCCGUAUCCCCACUACCAGCACACCGCCCACCAGGGAGCCGGGGCCACUUCCGCUCAGCAUACGCUCCAACACCACCAUCAGCAUCAGCAUCAGCUCCAGCAGCCCUCGAGCGCCUCGAUCGUGGCUGUAGCCGGUGUUUACCAGGCUCAGCAGCAGCCGCAACCGCAGCAAGUUGGCCACCAUCAGCAGCCACCGCUACCGCAGACCCCGAAGGGUCCGCUCAGUACAUCCUCGUCGACCACGUCCUCCUCGACGUCCUCGUCCGGCCUGUCGGCCGUAUCCUGCGGUACGACCGUGUCCGGCGUCUCCGGCCAAACGCAGGCCUCGACCGCCAUCUACUCGCCGCAGUACGCUCACCACAUAUACGAAGUGCCGAAGAACGUGUCCGAUACCUAA